AUGGAUGAGAGCAGUGUUUGGAAUGAAGACGAUACUGAGACAAGAUUGUAUCAACCUCCAAAGCGCCAAAAGACUGCCCACUACGACAGGUCAUCCAUCCAACGGCACGAUAGUUAUACCAUCGCCUGGAUCUGUGCGCUGCACAUAGAGAUGGCAGCAGCUCGGGCCAUGCUGGAUGAGGUCCAUGAAGCUCUACCCAGGCAUGUAGAGGACAGCAACGCCUAUGUACUGGGAAGCAUCAAGCAGCACAAUGUCGUCAUUGCGUGCUUGCCAGCAGCCCAAUAUGGAACGAACAACGCGGCGAACAUCAUGACGAAUAUGAAGCGAACCUUCUCCGCUAUCCGCGUGGGCUUUCUGGUCGGGAUUGGUGGCGGCGUGCCGAGCAAGGCCGAUGUGCGCUUAGGGGAUGUUGUUGUUGGAACAAGGGUGAUGCAAUAUGAUCUUGGGAAAGUCGUUGGAAAUGGAGAGCUCCGACAAACGGCAAUCCCUAGGAUUCCUCACCAUUUGCUUGGGACAGCUGUGUCCGCCCUCCGUUCGAGACAUGAGCUGAACCCCAGUCGAGUCCCAUCCAUCCUACAGCUGAAGCUUGAAGGACACCCUGAAUACGGUCACCCAAGCUCACCGGACCGACUGUUCCACGCGACGUAUGAGCAUGAAUCUACAACGGCCAGCUGCGAUGGGUGCGACCAGUUGAAGCUGGUUCCUCAAAGCAGACGGAUGUCGGACAAUAUAAUGAUUCAUUAUGGCGCAAUCGCCUCAGGGAACCAAGUCAUGAGAAGCGGCACUACCCAGGACAACAUUGCUCGAGAAUUGGAUGUCAUAUGUUUUGAGAUGGAGGCUGCUGGUCUGAUGGACAUUCUCCCUUGCCCCCCAAUUCAGGGAAUAUGUGAUUACUCAGAUUCUCACAAGAGCAACGAAUGGCAGAGGUAUGCUGCAGCAACCGCGGCAGCAUACGCUAGGGAAUUACUCGAGGACCUACCCGUGGCCAAAGGGCAUGCAAAGGUUACCUACGAAUGUUCAUUGCACGAACACCGGCAGCGCUUGCUGGAUUCCCUCAGCCACCCUGACUACCAAGCAUGGCUUAAUCCUGAAAACCUAACGCAACAUCAUGGCUUUUUAUGGAUCAGUGGCAAGCCUGGCGCGGGCAAGUCGACAAUCAUGAAGUUCGCGUACUCAAGUAUGAAGAGCAAAUCCCACAACAAGCAUGCUAUCACUGCUUCCUUUUUCUUCAACGCUCGAGGCGAACGUCUGGAAAAGUCGAUCUCAGGGAUGUACCGAUCAUUGCUGCUCCAGCUGCUUAAAGGGUACCCUGAUCUCCAGGCGGUUUUAGAUGACCCUGACAUUAAUUCUCAGAGUCAGGAUGGAUGCCCUUCCUUGGACAUUCUUAAAGACCUCUUUCGCAGCGCAGUUUCUGCCCUCGGUCAACGUUCCUUUACGUGCUUCGUCGAUGCUCUUGAUGAGUGUGACGAACAACAAGUUGUGGACAUGGUUCAAUACUUUGAAGAGCUGGCAGAACAAUGCACCAAUAAAGGUGUCCCACUCCGGAUCUGUCUCUCCAGUCGACAUUAUCCCUACAUAGUUAUUCAACGGGGAGUCCGACUUACACUGGAGGACCAGUCAGGUCAUGGCGAAGACCUGGCAACCUACGUCGCUAGCCGCCUCCAAAUCGAAGACCCUGGACUUCUCGAAGACCUGCAAACUCAACUUCUCAGGAAAGCUGCGGGUGUUUUCAUGUGGGUUGUGCUAGUCGUUAGUAUCCUGAACAAGGAAUAUCGGCAUAAUGGGCUGGCUUUGAGAAAGAGACUCGCAGAAAUACCUAGUGAUUUGAGCGAGCUGUUCAAGGACAUUCUGAGACGCGACAAGGAGAAUAUGGCGGGUCUCCGUCUUUGCAUCCUUUGGAUUCUCCUUGCAAAGCGGCCAUUGCAGCCGCAGGAGUUCUACCAUGCUCUCUGGUCUGGAUUGGCACUAGAAGAUCAGGCUGAUGAGCAAAUUCCUGAUGUCGGCGUCCCAGGUGCUUCAGACAGCCUUAACAGAUUUAACAGAUGUGUUAUCAGCAACUCAAAAGGUCUUGCUGAGGUCACAAAAUCUAAGCAGCCAACAGUUCAAUUCAUCCAUGAAUCCGUCCGAGACUUCCUCAUCAAAGAAAGGGGUCUACAUGAAUUGUGGCCUGACCUUGGAUUUGAUUGGGAGAGCUCAAGCCAUGAGACACUCAAAAAAUGUUGCGACUCAUACUUGAAUCAUACCUCAGUGCGUGCGUCUGUGAGUAGGGUGCUGUCACACAGACAUGAGCCGCAAUCGGGCAUUUCAAAUAAGUACCCAUUUUUGGAGUAUGCAAGUCAGCAUGUUCUCUAUCACGCCAACGCUGCGGCCAGAGCAGUUCCUCAAGACAAGUUCUUAUCUUCUUUUCCCAUAUCCCACUGGAUCAAUGUCAACAAUCUUUUCGAAAAGUUCAAAAUUCGUGGAUACAGCUCAGGCGCGAGUCUCUUCUACAUUCUCGCAGACAAAGGAUUCCCGGAGCUCAUCCGCACAAGACUCAAAAAGGAUCCGCAUAUUCAUGUUCCCGGAGAGAGAUACGGAUACCCGCUGUUUGCCGCUUUGGCCAGCGGCAACAAAGACGUUGUUGCUGCUGUUCUGAAAUCGCCGUCAAGUGCGUGCAGUGAAGUUGAUACAGAUGGGCUGAACUACAGGAAAGACUUGAAAGAAUACGCGAAACGAACACCACUAUCCUGGGCUGCGCAGGAGGGUCGAAUAAACAUUAUCAAGCUGCUUCUCCAGACGGAGACAUCCGUUGAUGAGAUGGAUGCGAAGGGCAAAACACCACUUGAACGGGCCUCAGAGAACGGGCAUGCGGCGGUGGCAGAGCUACUUAUCAGCAAGGGAGCAGAUGUCAAUGCUAGCAUUGAUAGAAGGACCCCACUCUUAAUCGCCGUAGAGAAGGGACAUGAGGAGGUGGCAGAGCUACUUAUCAGCAAGGGAGCAGAUGUCAAUGCUAGCAUUGAUAGAAGGACCCCACUCUUAAUCGCCGUAGAGAAGGGCCAUGAGGAGGAGGCAAAGCUGUUCGUUAACAAGGGAGCAGAUGUUGAUGAUGGCAAAUAUAUUAGUUGGACUCGGCUCUACUGCGCCAUACGGAAGGGUUAUCGGAACAUAGCAAAGCUACUUAUUAACAUGGGAGCAGAUAUCAAUGUCCGUGAUAAUAAUGGACGGACUCCACUCUUACAAGCCUCAAUGUAUGGCCACACGGAGGUAGCAAAGCUGCUUAUUGACAAGGGAGCAGAUAUCAAUGUCUGUGAUAAUGAUGGAAUGACUCCACUCUUACAAGCCUCAAUACGUGGCCAUGAGGAGGUGGCAAAGCAGCUUAUUGCUAAAGGUGCAGAUGUUAAUUGCAACAACAAUAAUGGAUUGACUGGGAUGCUUUCCUUAACAGCUCCGGGAGUACAAAAACGUCGUCGAUCUGAAACUCCUAAUGGGAUCAGCUCUGAGGCGGAAGCAGACCCAGAGGAUAAUGUCAGAAAGCGAACUCGUUAA